AUGGUGUUACCUCAUCAGAGUAAAACAAUAACAAAUCAAUAUGAAUUAAAUACGAAAAAACGUCAAACAAUCUUAACGAACAGUAAAACUAAAAAGAAACCAAAACAACAUUUAUUAACUACAAAACCAAUACAAAUAAAACGAAAGAAAUUAACUAAACGUGUAGAUUUAAACGAUCCAUCAAUUAAUACAAUAACAUUACGACGAAGUCGUCGUUUAAAUAAUAAAAGUAAACAACUAACUACUUCUCUUUCUUCUUCUUCAAAUAUAAAAACAUAUCCAUUACGUUCACGUUUACAACGUACAAAUAAUCCUAUUUCAUUAACAACAAAUCCUCGUUUACAUUCACAAAAACAAGAACAUUUAUUAUCAUCAAUGGGUCUUCGAAAUGGUAAAAUAAUAAAUUUACGUUCAUUUAUAUCUGAUACAACAUCAACACAAAAUCAAGAUCUAACAACAUCAUCAUUACCUUUACUUUCAUUUAAUCCAUUACCCAUACAUCAUCAAACAACAUUAACAUAUUCAUCAUCAUCAUCAAAUAAUACAAAUCAUAAUAAUAAUAAUAAUAACAAUAAUAACAAUAACAAUAAUAAUAAUGAUUUAAAUUCAUUAUUUUAUUAUUUAAAUAUUACAAAUCAUCCAUCAUUAGAUCCAAGUAAUUAUUUUCCUGUUAAACUUGAUAUACUUCUUGAUCGACCACCUGCAUUACGUGAAAAACAAAUUGAAUAUGCAUGGAAUCAUGAAGAUCGUUCGAUGAAUAUUUUUGUUAAACAUAAUGAUCCUUGUACAUUUCAUAGACAUCCUGUAGCACAAAGUACUGAUGCCGUUCGAUGUAAAAAAGGAUUUACAAGUGGCAUUCAUGUAUGGGAAAUCGAAUGGAAUACUAGACAACGUGGUACACAUGCCGUCGUUGGUGUUGGUACUUUAAAAGCUCCACUUCAUUGUCCUGGUUAUCAAGCGCUAGUAGGCAUGAAUCAAGAAUCAUGGGGAUGGGAUUUAGGUCGAAAUAAACUUUAUCAUAAAGGCAUUAAUAGUGUAUAUGCAUGUACACAAUAUCCUUCGACAAUAUCAAAUUCAUCUGGUUUAUUAUCUCCAACAACAAUGUCAUCUGCAAUGACUGAUCCAGCUGAUGCAAUUAAUAAUAAUGGUAUUGCAUAUUCAACAAAAUCUGAUGAUUGUUUUAUUGUACCAGAUAAAUUUUUUGUUAUUCUUGAUAUGGAAGAAGGAACAUUAUCUUAUAUUGUUGAUGGACAAUAUUUAGGUGUAGCAUUCAGUGAUCUAAAAGAUAAAGGUACACUUUAUCCAAUGGUUUCAUCAGUAUGGGGUCAUUGUGAAAUAACUAUGCGUUAUAUAAAUGGUUUAGAACCCGAACCACUUCAAUUAAUGGAUACAUGUCGUCGAGUAAUACGGAAACAAUUAGGACGAACUAAUUUACAUUUAAUCAAUCAUUUACCAUUGCCUAAUUCUCUUCGAAAUUAUUUAGUUUAUCAAUAA